AAACAGUGCUGCCCACGGAGUGAACGAGAGAGAGUCGUUUGGGGAACAAAAGGAGAAUUUUCCAGGGACAGAGGGAGGGAUAGAUUAAGCUACUUGUGCCUGGCUAGGGCACAGAGCAGAGAAUAGAGCGAGACAGAAGUGUCUGGAGACAGCCAUCUAAGGACGAGGCGAGUUGUUAGAGGAAGGACAGGAGAGAUAGCAGAGUUAUUUCAAGAGUGAGCAACAGAAGGGAACAUAAGAAUCCACAGCCUGUCUAAACGAGGAAGGGUCCAGAGGCAGUGAGAGAAGGCCAGGACCAGGGCCAAGGCCAGGGCAGGCACAAUCGCUGAGGGGAUGAACUUCGCAGUGGGUUUCAAGCCGCUGCUAGGGGAUGCACACAGCAUGGACAACCUGGAAAAGCAGCUCAUCUGCCCCAUCUGCCUGGAGAUGUUCUCCAAACCGGUGGUGAUCCUGCCCUGCCAACACAACCUGUGUCGCAAGUGUGCCAACGACAUCUUCCAGGCCUCGAACCCUCUGUGGCAAUCCCGGGGCUCCACCACUGUGUCUUCAGGAGGCCGUUUUCGCUGCCCAUCUUGCAGGCAUGAGGUUGUCCUCGAUCGACAUGGUGUCUAUGGCCUGCAGCGAAACCUGCUAGUGGAGAACAUUAUUGACAUCUACAAGCAGGAGUCGUCCAGACCACUGCACUCCAAGGCUGAGCAGCACCUCAUGUGUGAGGAGCAUGAAGAUGAGAAGAUCAAUAUCUACUGCCUGAGCUGUGAAGUGCCCACCUGCUCUCUCUGCAAGGUCUUCGGUGCCCACAAGGACUGCGAGGUGGCCCCACUGCCCACCAUUUAUAAACGCCAGAAGAGUGAGCUCAGUGAUGGCAUCGCGAUGCUGGUGGCAGGCAAUGACCGUGUGCAAGCAGUGAUCACGCAGAUGGAGGAGGUGUGCCAGACCAUUGAGGACAACAGCCGAACGCAGAAGCAGUUGCUAAACCAGAGAUUUGAGACCCUGUGCGCGGUGCUGGAGGAGCGCAAGGCCGAGUUGCUGCAGGCGCUGGCCCGGGAGCAAGAGCAGAAGCUUCUGCGUGUCCGCGGACUCAUCCGCCAGUACGGAGACCACCUGGAGGCCUCCUCUAAGCUCGUGGAGUCCGCCAUCCAGUCCAUGGAGGAGCCGCAGAUGGCGCUCUACCUCCAGCAGGCCAAGGAGCUGAUCAAUAAGGUCGGGACGAUGUCGAAGGUAGAGCUGGCGGGACGGCCGGAGCCGGGCUAUGAGAGCAUGGAGCAGUUCACCGUGAGCGUGGAGCACGUGGCAGAAAUGCUGAGGACCAUUGACUUCCAACCGGGUGCUUUAGGGGAGGAAGAAGAUGAGGAGGUAGUGUUCGACGGGGAAGAGGGCAGCGCCGGGCCAGAGGAAGAGCGGCCGGACCCGCCGGACAGUGAGUACCCGAGGGGCAUGGGGGCGGGAUCUGGCAGACCUGCACUGACCCGACCCGUGUUCGGGAUCCUGCGCGCCCCAGGCCUGGCACUCGGCAUCGGCUCGAAGGCAACCCCACCACCAACCCCCCCCCCUUCCGGGAACGGGGACCGUUUGCGGGCGGAGGCGGAAUGA